AUGAUGGGUGCUAAUAUUCUCCCUCUGCCGGCGCAGUUAUCUUCGCGGUCGGCCUAUAGCAACCCCACCCCGCACUCGGACUUUACAGGGCCUCCGUCCCUAGGAGUAUCAAUCUCCAAUCUCAUCACACGGUCGGCUCGUCGCCACACAGUGUGUAUCGAAAAUCAGAACCCUAAACGGAGUCGUCGGGACUCAAUCUUCAAAAAGCUGGCGGGUCCACGUGAAAACGCAAAGCGAUUCCUUCGCUUGCGGUCGUCUGGAGUUCAGGCGCCUUUACAACGUCCUUCCCGUGGUGUACGACCUGUUUCGGAGAUUAUAUUGUCGCCGAUAUCGGUUGACUUGGAGGACGAGAUGCGAUCGGAUUCGUCCUCCACCGAGGUGCUGCCUCGCCCAGUAUCUGAACAUCAUACUCUGACUACCGAUUCUAUCACUCCAUUUACUCCCUUACGAAAUGAGAAGAUUGUAGCCACUGGUAGUGGCAUUUCCGUCGGUAUUGCCCUCACAGAACCCGUUCUUUACUUGCAGGGCUAUGACCAGCAAGACCCAAGCAGUAAAAAGUCCGCAAUUCUGCGGGGACAGAUGCAUUUGAAGGUCACUAAAUGCGUCAAGAUCAAGAAGAUCUCGGUUUGCUUCCGUGGCCAUGCCCAGACCGAUUGGCCAGAUGGUAUCCCCCCUAAGAAGAUCCAUUUCCAUGACAAGAAGGAUCUCUUCACACACGGUGUGGUUUAUUUCAAUCACGGUGACACCGCGCUUAUGCAAAAUGACUAUGGCGCGCAUUACUACCAGCAUGCCAAGCCGAUAUCAUCCGUGCCGGGAAAGGAGGGAGUGACGAUGACAACUCGAGAACUAUUCUCCAAUCGCAAUUCUUCCGCCACACUCACCGUACCAACCUCCCGAGAAGCUAAACGUCUUUCGCUGCAGUCCAACCGCGGGCAUUCGCGCAGCUUCAGCAAGAAUGAACCUCCGACUUCCCAACCCCAGCCCCAGCGAAAUUACCGCAUGUUCCCCGUAGGCGAUUAUUUAUACAGCUUCGAGUUCCCAAUUGAUGGAUCGUUACCAGAGACGAUCAAAACGGAUUUGGGAUCUGUGAAAUAUGACCUUGAAGCAAUGGUGGAACGGUCAGGCGCAUUCCGACCCAAUCUCCUAGGCGCCAUGGAAGUCCCCGUGAUUCGUACUCCGGCUGAGGGUUCAUUGGAGCAAGUUGAGCCCAUCGCGAUUUCACGGAACUGGGAAGACCAGCUUCACUACGACAUCGUGAUCUCGGGGAAGUCUUUCCCGCUGGGGUCGCAGAUACCGAUUGCCUUCAAGUUGACCCCUCUAGCGAAAGUAGAGUGCCACCGAAUCAAGGUCUUUGUGACGGAGAAUAUCCAGCAUUGGACAGCGGAUAAGAGUGUGCACAGGUUGCAGCCAGCGAAGAAGGUGUUGCUUUUCGAAAAACGAGCAGACUCGUCCAGUGUGAGCACGUAUCCCGGCAGCUCCAUGCGUGUCACCGCAGGCGGCGGCAUCGACUGGGACCACCGCGCUGCUGCCGCAAGGGGGCAGGAGAUUGUGGAUCGGAAUCGGACGAAUCUGCUAGGAAACCUGUCCAAUGAUUCUGGUGUCGGUCCAACUGAGAUGGAAUUCAACGUGCAACUGCCAAGUUGCCACGAAAUGAAGGGCCGGGACGAGGGUCAGCGGCUGCAUUUCGAUACCACAUACGAGAACAUUCAGAUCAACCACUGGAUCAAAAUUGUCCUUCGUCUAUCCAAGGUCGACGAAAGAGACCCCACGAAACGAAGACACUUUGAAAUCUCCAUUGACUCGCCAUUCCACAUCCUCUCCUGCAAGGCCACCCAGGCCAAUAUCUAUCUACCCGCCUACACAACCCCAGCCGAAGAACCCCUCCCCCCAGCCCAGGAAUUCGAAUGCGGAUGUCCCGGUGCACCCCUCGCACUCCGAGAGCAGAUAAUCACCCCAGCGAUGCCCGAUCGUGAAGACAGCAACCCUGCACUGGGACCCGUGGCCCGCCGCAGCUCAACUGGCCACACCUUCUCCCGCAGCUUCACAAACGACUCCGGCGGCCUCGCCCGGCCCCCACAAGCACACCUAGCAACACCACCAAACGACCGCAACACACCCACUCCACCUCGUCCAAUGCAUCUGCUCCGUGCGCCGUCCUAUGCGCCCCCCGCUUUCGAGGACGUCCCUCCCGCCCCACCGCUUGUCACCCCACCUCCAGAAUAUAAUACCAUUGUCGGGGACGACCGAGAGGCCGUUCUCGAGGAUUACUUCUCCCGUUUAUCGUUCUAUGAAGAGAACGAGGACGAUGACCGCGGUCGUGGUCGCGUCGAUGUACCCCUCACGCCGGGUGGACGCGUCAACCGCAGCAUGGACGUACCUCGCGAAUGGGUGCGACUCGAGGACUAUUUCCAGUAA